CACGCUCUGUGUGCCGGGACAUCACUUCUUCUAGAGGUGUCUGAGCUCGGCCGGCUGUUCGGAACGCGGAUCGAUUAUCGGUUGUUAUUUAGUUUUGUUUUGCCCCAACGGAGCUUCAGAUUUCUGGUUGACCGCUUCGGGAUUGAGGCGUCAACAUGGGAAAGUCGUCGGUCCUGAGCGCCGUCCUCCUGCUCUGCACGGUGCUGAUGCACACUGAUGCGGAGCAAGAAUACUUCACCCUGUCCACUAACCUCACCUGGGAGGAGGCCAGAAGCCACUGCCAGAUGUGCUUCAGUGAUCUGGUGACCCUGACUCCAUUCAACAUCCGGAACAUCAGCCAGAGAAUCAGCUCCGCCCACUGGAUCGGCCUUCGGAAGUACUUCAACUCCACGGGCAACGGCACCACGGGCAACGGCACCACGAACUCCAGCGUGCCCUGGACCCAGUGGGCCGACGGGGCUCCCCUCGUUUUCCAGAACUGGUACCCCGGCUGGCCUGUCUUCAAAUCCCCUCUUCCAAAGAUCGAGUGCUGCAGCUGCUCGUGCACGUGCCCCGCACGAGUUUCACCCACAUCAGCCCCGACGCGCGGCUAUACUGAAAGCCCAGAUUCAAACAACACAGAUGCAAGCACCACGGAUGCAAUCCUGAGGCACGGACCUUCCGAAAGCCCAGCAGGCUACCGCAUCACAGACCCCACAGACGCAACCACCCCAGACGCACCAGACACCACUCAGUCACACUGGGUGAGCACACCACCGACGCCCAUAGCGUCGACAUGCGAGCGAUCGCCCAUGCUGCCCCCCAUCGUCCCGGAGGAACUCCAGAACUACGUCGAAGACUCCUGCGUGGCCAUGCUCAGCUUCGGGCCUUGGGUGGAGAGGGACUGCUCGGACCCUCUGCCUUUUAUUUGUUAUGAAGAUCGUUUCUACGGAGAGGUCAACGUGAGCGGCAUAACGGCGACGAGCGCCUCUGUGGCGUGGCAGCGCGGGCCCGACGGCAUCAGCCAUUACCGGCUCCAUGUCGUAGGCGGAAAUGAGACGUGGGUUCAGAACCUGACCGAGCUGAGCCGGGACCUGGACCGCCUGACCCCGGGAACCGGAUACUCCGUGGAGGUGUUUGCGGUGAAGUGCGGCAGAGAUCUCAACCCGCAGACCACCAUCUUCUACACCACCCCCGAAGAGGUCCAAGACCUCAACGUGGUCAAGGUGACGGAGCGGUCGGUCACUCUGAACUGGACAGAGCCGGAGGGACAGUUCGAUUUCUUCCUGGUUAAAAGUCCCAGUGAUGAUGUGGAGGUCACGACGGAGGAGGCGGAGGUGAAAAACCUGAUGCCCGGGGGCUGCUUCACCUUCAGCGUCCUCACAGGCGUCCAGGACAGGUCCAGGUGGAGCGAGGCGUCCCCCAUCGCGGCGUGCACCAAGCCCGAGAAGGUGUCCGAUCUGAAGGUGUCUGACAAUACCAACAUGUCGCUGGUGCUCAGCUGGACGCCGCCGGAGGGAAACUUCACCGGCUUCCAGGUGGUGGCUCUGAGCGUCAACAAAACGUUGCUGUUCAAUGAAACCCGCGGCCGAGGGGAGACCUCGGCGGUCGUAACCGGUCUGCCCAACGGCAGCGAGAUCCGCCUGUUCGUGACGGCGCUGGGCAGGGACGGCCUGAGGGGGGACACCGUCUCCGACGUGGACUUCACCGCUCCAGGGCCGAUUUCCCACCUGGUUGUGGUGACAAAGGACACGUCGCUUAAUGCCGACUGGAAGCCCGCUGAGGGGGGUCCAUUAACUUUCACCACUGAGCUUCUGUGGGAAAAGACAGUCGUGAAAACAAAAGAUGUUGUGAAUGAAACUUCGGUGAUGUUUGAUACACUGAAUACGACAACCGAAUACACUGUGGUUUGGCUGCUCCUCCUAGAAACUUUGUUGCCAAAGAUGUCAAAAUGGACUCCAUCACCUUACACUGGAGCCCCCCCCCCCAAUGUAACAAAGGCUACUUACCUGGUCGAGGUCAGGUCCGGCUUUUGGAAUGAGAGCUUUCAAAGUGAAACCCAGAAGACCACUUUCACGUUUGAUCGAUUAAGGUCGGGAACCAAUUACACAUGUGAGGUGAUGACGCAGGCAGGAGACGACAAGAGUCCGCCAGUGAACCUGACGGAAAUGACAGUGGCAGACAAAGUAGAAAUCGGCCUUUCCAUGAUGUGCUCUUCGGCAGAUUCUCUCCAAUGUGAAAAUGAGACGAAAGUGAUGAAGGAGAUUCACGACUACUUGGAAUCUAACCUGAAAGAACACAUUUUUUGGAAAUUUAAUUAAAGUUAAUGAGGCGGAAAACAUUUUUUUUUUCUCCGUUUGAGUCUUCAUCUGCUGUAGAAAUAUUCCACCUUGUGUUUCUCACAACAUGCUAAAAGGUAGAAGAACUGCAUACAUUUUUUCAUUCUUCUUCAUUCUUCAUUCUUCAUUUUUCAUUCAUUUAUUUUUAUUUUCAUUCAUCCAUUUUGAUGUGUUAAGAUCAGGCCGGUCGCCAUAUACUUUUGUUCUGUGCUUCCUUGUCCUGCAAGAGCUUCCAAACUUGGUCACCAUGCAUCGUUUUUUUCUUACCCUUGUUUUAUUUAACCUGGGCCUCAUUUGUCAUCUGCUCCUUUGUAAAAGCAUCCAAACUGAACCACUUAAGCAUUGAAAGUGGAUGAUAUUUCUGGUCCUUUGGUGUAAAAAAAAAAAAAAUGGUGUCAAAAACAUUAUCUGGGAUAAGUGGUGCAGUCUAUUUGUAAUAAACACUGUUGAACUCUGA